AUGGCAUUCCGAACAACCAAAAAGCUUAGUGCCGUAGUGCAUGAUGAUAACCCAUACAGUCGUCUUAUGGCCCUUCAACGCAUGGGGGUUGUUGAGGAUUAUGAAGCCAUUCGCUCCAAGGCCGUCGCGAUCAUCGGAGCCGGUGGAGUGGGCUCCGUCGUGGCUGAGAUGUUAACCCGCUGUGGGAUUGGCAAGAUUCUCCUCUUUGACUAUGAUACGGUCGAGCUGGCGAAUAUGAACCGACUUUUCUACCGGCCAGAGCAGCAAGGCAUGAAGAAGGUGGCUGCGGCGAAGACAACUUUGGAAGAGAUUAACCCGGACACCAGUGUGGUCCCCUACGCCUUCAACAUCACGCACAACGACCACUGGGAGGAUUUCGUAAAAGCCUUGACGGAGGGCGGCAUGUCACCCGGCAAGGCCGUGGAUUUACUCUUGUGCUGUGUGGACAACUUCCAAGCCCGGCUGGCUGUGAACAUGGCGUGUUUAACCCACUCCAUUCCCUGGAUGGAGAGUGGGGUGUCCGAGAAUGCCGUCAGCGGGCACGUCCAGCUUCUCCUGCCCGGCGUCCUGCCCUGUUAUGAGUGCUGCCCUCCCCUUGUGGUUGCGAUGGGGCUGCCGGAGGCCAAACGCGAGGGCGUCUGCGCGGCCUCGCUCCCCACCACAAUGUCCAUCAUUGCGGGAUUUCUCGCGCAAAACACGCUGAAAUUCCUGCUGAACUUCGGCACCGUUAGUGAGUAUAUCGGCUACGACGCGAUGCAGGACGUCUUUCCCCGGAUCACAAUCAAGGCGAACCCGGAGUGCGGGAGUAGCAUCUGCGUACUCCGGCAAAAACAGUACGCGAAGAAAGUGGAGGAGAUGGGGGAGGCGGCGCAUCCGCUCUACGCGGCCCGCAAAGCGCGCGAGGUGCGGGAGGCAAAAAAAGAAGUGGCCGCCAAGGAGCGCGCGAAGGCGUGCGCCGCGGAGUGGGGAAUUACGGUCGAAGACCAAGGAAAAGCCAGUCUCGUGCCCUCAGAUGCCGUCCUUGGAAGCUUCGAAAAGGUUCACGAUCGGCAGACAAUGUCGUCAACAGGUGAGGGUAACGACAAGAAGCCAGCGGUGGAGUACGCCUAUGUAAGGGAGGCUGAGAUCGGCGGAACCCUCACUGGUGGGGAGUCAAACGCGUCAUCGGCGGGGGAGCGCGUGGGCAUAGUAGAUGAAUCGAUCGAGGAGCUCAUGAUGCGCAUGAAAUCCCUUCGCUAA